ACACACAAGAGAAAAACAGAAAAGCAUUACUAUGGGGCACAGGUGCAUCGCAUGGCUAGUGAUGAUAACCCAAAUUCUCAUGAUGGUGGCAACAGAGGGUGGUGGGAAUGUUCCUGCCGUCAUUGUUUUUGGAGACUCCUCUGUGGAUUCUGGGAACAACAACGUCAUAGCUACGGUUCUCAAGAGCAACUUCAAGCCUUACGGCCGUGACUUCGUCAGUGGCCGCCCCACCGGUCGGUUCUCCAAUGGCCGUAUUCCGCCGGAUUUCAUUGCCGAAGCUUUUGGUGUUAAAAGCUAUAUACCUGCAUACUUGGAUCCUGCUUAUACCAUAGAGGAUUUUGCCACUGGUGUUUGCUUUGCCUCUGCUGGAACUGGAUAUGAUAAUGCAACUUCUGCUGUACUAAAUGUGAUACCACUAUGGAAGGAAAUAGAGUACUACAAAGAGUACCAAGCCAAAUUGAGAUCUCAUCUUGGCACAGCAAAGGCAAACAAAAUCAUAAGCGAAGCAUUAUACCUAAUAAGUCUAGGAACCAAUGAUUUUCUCGAGAACUACUACAUCUUCCCAACAAGAAGACUCCAUUACACCGUGUCACAAUACCAGGAUUUUCUCUUGAACAUUGCAAAGAACUUCGUUAAGGAAUUAUAUGCACUAGGAGCAAGAAAAUUAUCCAUAACUGGUCUUGUUCCAAUUGGGUGUCUACCCUUAGAGAGGGCCACAAACAUUUUAGAUUUUCAUGCCUGCAAUGAAGAGUACAACCACGUGGCUUUAGGGUUCAACAAGAAGUUGGAGAACGUGAUCACGAAGCUGAAUAGGGAGCUUCCACAUUUGAUUGCGGUGUCGGCAAAUGCAUAUCCUAUUGUUCAUGAUAUCAUUACAAGACCUUCCACAUAUGGAUUUGAAGUUGUAGAGAAGGCAUGUUGCUCCACUGGAACAUUUGAGAUGAGCUACCUUUGCAGUGACAAGAGUCCACUUACAUGCACAGACGCUAGCAAAUACGUGUUUUGGGAUGCUUUCCAUCCUACAGAUAAGACAAACCGGAUAGUCUCAAAUUAUUUACUUAUAAAGCUUCUAGCAACCUUCAAUUAGAUCAGGAAGAAAAUCCUAUGCUUAGUUUAUUGAGUUAUUUCAACAAAAAGAGAUGAAAUGGGUAUUUGGAUUCUAGUUGUAUUUUUUAGUGUGGGGUUGAAAUAUUGUAAGAUUGUAAACAGGUUCCAUUAUACUUCAUUUUAAUAAAGUUUAGGCUUAAGAAAAACACUCAUUAGAA